UCGUUUAUUAUUCUGGUUUGAAUUUGUCGAGGCGGCACACAUGAGACAUUUUGGCCAAGUUACGGUGAAAGUGAUCAUCCUGCACUCGUACCGGCCCGCCGGGGAUCGGUUUGGAACUGCCGGCGCGACCUUCCCGGGGCGAACCGGCGUAUAGAUCGCCUCGUUGAUGUGGGGGCUUGGAGGAGGGGAUUUUAUUUUGAAAAAAGAAAAAGAGAGAGAAAGGUAUAUGGCCGCGCUGUACGUGGGCGACCUGCACCUGGACGUGACCGAGGCCAUGCUCUAUGAGAGGCUGAGCCGCGUCGGGGUCAUCUUGUCCAUCCGGGUGUGUCGGGACAUGAUGACCGGCCGCUCCCUGGGCUACGCCUGCGUUAACUUCCAGCAGCUUGCAGACGCCGAACAUGCACUGGACACCAUGAACUUUGACCUGAUAAAGGGGAAGCCCAUGCGCAUCAUGUGGUGGCAGCGGGACCCCUCGCUGAGGAAGAGUGGCGUGGGCAACAUCUUUGUCAAGAACCUGGACAAGUCCAUAGACAACAAUGUCCUGUAUGACAUCUUUUCCUUUUUUGGCAACAUCCUGUCUGGCAAGGUGGUGUGUGAUGAGAACGGCUCUAAAGGCUACGGCUUUGUGCACUUUGAGACUCAGGAGUCGGCCGAGAGAGCUAUUGUGGAAAUGAACGGCAAGCUGCUCAAGGACCGAAAAGUAUUUGUGGGCCACUUCAAAUCCCUCAAAGAGCGUAAGGCCGAGCUCGCCACCCGAGCCAAAGAAUUUACAAAUGUUUACGUUAAAAACUUUGGUGAAGACGUGGAUGAGAGGAAGCUGAGGGCUUUUUUCAAUAGAUAUGGAAGCAUCGCCAGCGUCCGCAUCAUGAGGGACGAGAGCGGGUUGUGUCGCGGAUUCGGCUUUGUCAGCUUCGAGAGGCAUGAGGACGCUCAAAGGGCAGUGGAUGAGAUGAACGGGAAGGAGUUGCACGGCAGGACGAUCUAUGUCAACCGCGCCCAGAAGAAGAUGGAGCGUGAGGCUGAGCUGCAGAGUAAUUUUGAACAGAUGAAGCAAGAGCGCUUCUCCCGCUACCAAGGCGUCAAUUUAUAUGUGAAGAACCUCGACGAUGGCAUCGACGACGACCGUCUGCGAAAAGAGUUUGCGCCAUUUGGUAUUAUAACUAGCGCCAAGGUGAUGACGGACGGCGGACACAGCAGAGGCUUCGGCUUCGUCUGCUUCUCCUCCCCGGAAGAGGCCAGCAAGGCGGUGGCGGAAAUGAGCGGGCGCAUGUUGGGCACCCAGCAGCUGUACGUGGCGCUGGCCCAGCGGAAAGAGGAGCGCCAGGUGUAUCUCAGCAACCAGUACAUGCGGCGCAUGGCCAGUGUGCGGUCCGGCCAGGUCAUCAACCCCUACCAGGCAAUGCCGGGCGCUGGCUACUACAUUGCGACGCAGAUAGCACAGCCGCAAAGCCGCGCUCCUUACUUUCCAGCCGCCGCCCAGAUGACCCAGCUUUGCCCGAGCCCACGCUGGACUACUCCAGACUACCAGAACCACCCUGGUGCCAUGCGCCCCUCCGCACCAAGCCCCCCGGCCUUUAACAGCCUACGCCCUGCCUCCCAGGUGCCUCGUAUCAUGGCCAGCCAGCGUGUAGGAACUCAGACUCUCAGCCCACGGCCCACCACACCAGUUACCCCCUUGUAUGGCAUCCCUCAGUACAAGUACCCCGCAGCUGCCCGCAGCCCUCAGGAUCACGUGCAACAUGUUCAACCGCUAGGGGCGACGUCGGCGCAGCAGCCCGCCGUCCACGCUCAGGUGCAGAAGCCUUUGACUGCAACCGUGCUGGCUGCUGCACUUCCAUUGGAGCAGAAGCAGAUGCUAGGUGAGUGUUUAUUCCCACUCAUACAGAACAUGUAUCAACACCUGGCAGGGAAGAUCACCGGCAUGCUGCUGGAAAUCGACAAUUCUGAGCUUCUCCACAUGCUGGAGUCCCCCGAGUCUCUCCGCUCAAAGGUGGGCGAGGCCGUGGCGGUGCUUGAGGCCCACCAGGCCAAGGAGUUGACCCGAAAGACCUACUGACGGAUCUGAGGAUACGACGAGCUCCAGGAGUUACAACGCACUGACUGCGAGAAGAAUCUGAUCAUAACAUGAGUAAAACAUCACAGAAUAGUCAAAAUCACCAUAAAAUUUAAAAAAAUUACCAUAAAAUAUGAGAAUAGGUUGAUCAAUAUUGAUGGUUGUCAGAUCAAAUUUAAACCAUUGAAAUAGCUGUAGAAUAUAUUUUUUAUUUAUUUAGACGAAAUGUGUUGUUUUUGUAUAUAUUUUUUAUUUUUAACACUUGAGCUGUUUUUGGGGUGGGGUGAAAGGUUUACUUAAGUAAAGGUUCUGCAAAUGUGUUUGCUUGUUUGAUGGUUAACCUCACUACCUCACAAAUAGAAACAGUAGAAAAUA